AACUGGAUUUUCACCCUAGUUUAGCAGCUUUGCUGCUCACUUAAAUACUGAUGAAUGAAGACCCCAUUUGGAAAGGCACCAGGUCAGCGAUCCAGAGCUGAUGCAGGGCAUGCAGGUGUCUCUGCCAGCAUGAUGAAGAAAAGAGCUUCUCACAAAAAGCAUCGAAACAACGUGGGACCAAGUAAACCCAUUUCUCAACCUAGAAGAAAUAUUGUAGGCUGCAGAAUACAACAUGGAUGGAAAGAAGGGAGUGGGCCUGUUACACAGUGGAAAGGCACAGUCCUAGACCAGGUUCCUGUAAACCCCUCUCUCUUCCUUAUUAAAUACGAUGGAUUUGAUUGUGUCUAUGGACUAGAACUGCACAAAGAUGAGAGGGUUUCAGCGCUUGAAGUCCUUCCAGAUCGAGUUGCUUCGUCUCGGAUCAGUGAUGCCCACCUGGCAGACAUAAUGAUUGGCAAAGCAGUAGAGCAUAUGUUUGAGACAGAAGAUGGCUCAAAAGAUGAAUGGAGGGGAAUGGUCUUGGCUCAAGCACCUAUAAUGAAGACAUGGUUUUAUAUUACCUAUGAAAAGGAUCCUGUCUUGUACAUGUACCAGCUCUUAGAUGACUAUAAAGAAGGCGAUCUCCGUAUUAUGCCUGAUUCUAAUGAUUCACCUCCAGCAGAGCGGGAACCUGGAGAAGUUGUGGACAGCUUAGUUGGAAAACAAGUGGAGUACGCCAAAGAAGACGGCUCAAAAAGGACUGGCAUGGUCAUUCAUCAAGUUGAAGCCAAACCCUCUGUCUAUUUCAUCAAGUUUGAUGAUGAUUUCCAUAUUUAUGUCUAUGAUUUGGUGAAGACAUCCUAG